UUUACUAUUUGGAUUGCUAGUCGUCCAUGUCGCUUUUUUCCUUAAAAUGAAACAUUACCUACACCGGAAAUCCGAACAUAAACAAGCUCUCAGUGAAGUUGAACUUCGACAAAAUUAUAGGAAAUCAAAUCUGCACAAUGGGUGUCUUCGAUUAGGCUUGCACAAGCCCAUGGUGACGCAAUCUGAUGAUAUACGCCAAAUGCUGCAGCAAGUCAAGUUAUUAUAUUCCGAUAAAUACAAGUUUUUGGUGUGUGAGAUUCCUAAAUGUGGAUGUUCAAGCAUAAAGAAAUUACUUCUAAUCACGGAAGGUAUAGUUAAUGAGACAAAUCCACAGGCAGUGAAAUCAUGGCUUGCUCAUGAACUUGGCGACAAACAUCUGGACUUGAAAAACAUCAAAAAUGUCACUGAGAUUCAGAAGCGACUUGAUACGUAUCAGAAACUCAUCAUUGUAAGAGAUCCACUGUACAGAUUAUUAUCAGCAUAUAUAAAUAAAUUAGAGCAUGAGUAUCCUUGGAAUCGGGGAUUUGCUAAAAUAUCAAAAAUAUUCACCAACAAUUUGUAA